AUGCAAUACUGGAGUGAUACGAAGUACAGUCGUGGUGCCCAGCGAGGUAGUGUAAGCGUCAGUCCUGCCACACCGACCUUACCCGAAAACGAAAAAUUUGACGACACUCAACCGGUCCAAAAUGGUCCAAAACUACCAAAGUACAAUCUCAAGGAGAGGCUUGUUCUAAACAUUUGUGGAGCACGUUAUGAAGUGCUUGAGAGCACGAUACAACGCUAUCCUAACACGCUCUUAGCAGAUCGUGAAAAACGGGCGGAAUAUUGGGACGAGGAGAGAAAUGAAUAUUUCUUUGACAGAAAUCGACUGUGCUUUGAAUCGGUUUUGACUUAUUACCAGAGCGGUGGAUUCGUACUACGGCCUGCUAAUGUUCCAGAUAUACUAUUUGUUCGAGAGCUGGAGUUCUAUGAGUUAGGAGAAGAUGUGAUUAAGACGGUGAAAGGUGAGAAUAUAAUUCCUCAGCCCGAGAGACCUUUGCCCCAGAACAAACUACAGGCUCAGAUUUGGAGUCUUUUCGAGUACCCUGAUACGUCCAACAGUGCCCGAGGUAUUGCCCUGUUCAGUUGUGCUAUAGUCCUGUUGUCCAUCGUGUUGUUUUGUAUCGAGACUCUGCCAGUAUUUCAAGAGAAGGAUGAAGACGGGGAGACUAGAGAUCAUGAUGUGUUUUUUACCAUCGAGGCCGUUUGUAUUGCCUGGUUUACGAUUGAGUAUGUAGUAAGGUUCGUGUCCGCGCCGAACAAGUGUCGAUUCUUAAUUGAGGUAUUUAUUUUUUAUUUAGUAAAUUAAUUAGUUAAAUUAUUGUAAUCAUCAUCAUUACCAUCAUCACCAUCAUAUCAUCACCACCACCAUCAUAUCCACCAUUAUAUCAUCACCAUCAUCAUCAUCACCAUCAUCACCACCAUCAUCAUCACCAUCAUCACCACCAUCUUCAUCACCAUCAUCAUCACCAUCAUCACCAUCAUCAUAUCAUCAUCACCACCACCCAUCAUAUCAUCACCAUCAUCAUCACCGCCAUCAUCAUCAUCACCAUCAUCAUCAUCACGAUCAUCACAUCAUCAUCAUCAUCAUCACCACCAUCAUAUCCACCAUUAUAUCAUCACCAUCAUCAUCAUCACCAUCAUCACCACCAUCAUCAUCAUCACCAUCAUCAUCAUCACCAUCAUCACCACCGCCAUCAUCACCAUCAUCAUCAUCAUCAUCACGAUCAUCACAUCAUCAUCAUCAUCAUCAUCAUCAUCAUCAUCAUCAUCAUCAUCAUCACCACCACCACCACCACCACCAUCAUCAUAUCAUCACCAUCAUCAUCACCGCCAUCAUAUCAUCAGCACACCAUCACCGUCAUCACGAUUAUCAUCAUCAUAAUCACCACCAUCACAACCACCACCAUCAUUGUAAUCUCUCAUUGUAAUAUCUUUGUAAUUCAAUUUAUGCUGCAAGGAAGAUUUUAUUAAAAUAUCAACACCACCAUCAUCACCAACGUGAUCCGCAUCAUCACCAUCACAAGCACCAACACCUCCAUGGAUCAUCAUCACACUACCACCACCAUCAUCAUCACCAUCAUCACCAUCACCAUUUAAUUAAUAUUUAUAUAUCAUUACAUAAAUGAAUAAUAAACACCCAUAGAAUAUAGUAAAUCCACAGUUUAAAAUGUUCCUACUGGUAUCGAUCUAGUUAAAAAAUAAACAGGUAUAAGUAGAAGGAAUAACUACUACAUACAAAAUGCUAUUGAUGUGUUAAUGCUGUGCUGAGUGGUUAUAUUACUACCUUAAAAAACAAGCAGAAACCCGACGUUUCGAGCGAAGGCCCUUCGUCAAGAGUUAGUAGCCUAACUAACUCUUGACGAAGGCGCUCGAAACGUGGAGUUUCUGCUUGUUUUUUAAGGUAGUAAUAGGCUAUAACCACUCAGCACAGCAUUUUCACAUUAAUUGGUACUACAUACACUGGUACAGACAGUUUUAGUAUUGAUGUGUUAAACAUCCUUCCCUUAUAUUAAUUUUAGGUACUUAACAUUAUCGAUCUCGUGGCUAUUCUACCCUUCUUCAUAUCAUUCGGGCUCAGUGAGCAAAAUUCUAACUUCUCAUCAAUGGCAGUUUUGCGGGCGGUCAGGCUAGUGAGAGUGUUUCGUAUAUUUAAAUUGUCGCGGUAUUCGACCGGUUUGCAGAUCCUGGGCAUGACUUUGCGUGCAAGUAUGGGCGAGCUGGGACUGCUAGUGUUCUUUUUAUCUGUAGGUACGUAUGUCGAUUUUUUGUUUCAAUACAUGUACUCUACAGUAUGUACUAUUUAAAACACGAGCAUGGAGGAUUGCUUUAUCACAUAUAAAAGACGAGAGCGCAGCUCGAGCGUUUUAUAUCUGAUCGAAGCGCGGACUGCGAGGCUUAAAAAACGACCUUUUCUUCGUUUGUCUUUUCGCCAUAAAUUAUUAAUUUAAACCUAUUUACGAAAUAGAAACUGACAUUUUCCGUGUUUCUAUACACUUGUAAGGUGCAAUUAUAAACAAGAAAGCUGCACAAUAUCUAACUGAUAAAUUGAAAACCCUUCAAUUUCAUCCCAAUUAUAAUACUCGUAAAGACCCCAUUUAUAGUCAAUCUAUUCAUAGAACUAAUGCCUUAAAAGGAAUAUAACAUAUAUUCUACAUCUUUAAACAGUUUAGAUUAUAAUGUGCUCUUUAAUAAAUCGUCUCUAAACCCCACUUAUGGAUUAUUUCACUUAAGUAAUCUUUAAAUUUAAAGAUUCAUUUAUGGAAAGUUCCUCGCAACUGUAGGGUUGAAAUAGUGCGGCCGUAAUUAGUAAUCUGUACUUGAUUACUAUGAUCCUACCAUUACAUCAUUUAUGUGGCUCCAAAAUGAAAUAUACAGGUUCGGUACUUACAUUAUAUCAUUGCAGGUGUCGUGUUAUUCUCCAGUGCCGUAUAUUAUGCCGAGAUAGACGAUGAAGGCGGAUUAUUCAAAAGUAUACCUCAUUCAUUCUGGUGGGCCAUCGUUACCAUGACAACCGUCGGAUAUGGCGACAUGUAUCCCAAGACUUUUGGUAAGUGCUGAAACAGAAAUAUAUAACAUCUCGAAUGUAAACUUGAUCACACAAUAUCGCUCCUGGUAUGACUCUACCAAACACCUGGCUCUCCGCAUUUUCUCUGUAGCAUUAAGGGACAAGACCUCAACAGACCAACAUACAAACAGAAUUUAGUUUGAAACUAACAGCACCUCCAAGGCGGAGAGCUGUUCAGAACUGAUAGAAUGAUCCAGUGUAAAUAAAGUUAGUUUGGUUUAGCUUUCCUCAACACUGGAUCAAUAACACUCUUACUCUUACUCUUUAAUACUCUUACUGGAUCUCUAGAGAGAGCAGUUUGGAACUGAUAGUCUAAUAGAGCUAUUGAGAUAAAUAUAGUUAGUUCAGGUUUCUUCUUAUACUAACACUGGAUGACAAAGGAAGAACAGUUUAGAACUUCUAGGAAGAACAGUUUAGAACUGAUAGAACUAUCCAGUAUAAAUAAAGUUAGUUUAGUUCAGGUAUUCUCCUGUAGUAACACUGGAUCAAUAAGAGAUGAUCCUUAUUGGAUCUCUAGAGAGAACAGUUUAGAACUGAUAGAUCGAGCUAUCCGGUAUAAAUAAAGUUACUCUAGUUUAGGUUUCCUCCUGUAUGGUGACACCAGACCAAAAGGUGUGACUCUUACUGGACUUGUAGGAAAAACAGUUUAGAAAUGAUCGAAAUAUAUCCGGUAUAAACGAAUUAACGUUAAUUUAGGUGGUUCACACUUUCUCUCUUGCAGUUGGCAAACUAGUCGGAUGUCUCUGCGCAUGCACAGGAAUCUUAGCCAUUGCACUUCCGGUCCCCGUGAUUGUCUCCAAUUUCGAACAUUUCUACAGCAAGGCACAGCGCAGAGAGGAAGAUCCGGAAGAGAGUGAAGAGAAGAUAGAAAAACGAAACCGUUUGAAAAAAUUCUUGGCCGUCCUCAGGCGUCGGAGGCCGAACGCCAAAUCGAGCGAGGAAAUGUAUUUCGAUAUGGGACCUUAUUCCGGGAACGAAACCCAGUCGGUGAUACCUUACUCCGGGAGUGACAUUCGUAUAGGGUAUAAGGACCAGGGUACGCAAGCAACCGAGCUGUUGAAUGGUACGCAGACCGAUGAUGGCGAAGAGUCGGACACAUUGCGUACUUCAAAUGUAUAGACGAGUUUUUGAGCAUAAAACAUAAAAGACAAAACUACCUGAAGAAUUUGCACAUAUUAAAAACAUGACCAGUUCAAUAAGGGACGCGAUGAAAAAACGAAAUAGGCUGAAAAUUUUUUUGCCGAUGUCGGUGGUUGAGACCUUAUGGGACCUUAUUCCGGUAACGAAAUUCGGAUCGUGGAGAAAUAUCCCAGGAAUAAAAUCCGCAUAGGGUAUAAAGACCAGCAAAUACGCAAGCUAUACUCAGUGAUCCGGUUCAGUGGCGCUAUUCGCGCAAAUACUAUUGAUGAGGAGAUGAACGUGUUGCGUGUUUCAAAUGUACAGAUUGAUAGCACAAGAAAUAAGACAUUCAAAUUGCGGAACAAUUUGCACAUUGCACAAGAACGAAUGUGCAGUGGAUCUUGACAGUAUACAAACGCACCAAAGCGAGGCUGAUUAACUAACAGAGACUGAGUCGAGGAGAAAUGAGUUACGUUAGAAUGUUAACUCAAUAGACCUUUCCCCUUAUGAGUGAAAUUUUGAUCUAGACAAGUCGGG